GGGACCGAGGGCGUCAAACUCUGGGAUAUCAAAUCUCGGAAAGAACUUACAUGCUCGACUCAUCAUGAGUCCCGAGGCACAGUUAGCUGCGCUGUCUGGGUGACAACAAGACUGGGCAUGGGAGAAACUCUUUGCUAUGGAACUGGCCUAGGCUACGUCAUAUUUUUACGAUCUAACAUCGAACAGACGCACUUUCAGGAGAUCUGUGCUAGGAGGCUUGGAUCGGGUUUCGAAAUCACUUGCAUGGUAUGGGAUUCCUCAUCCUCCGAAGCAAAUACGCGGAUUGCAGUGGGAACGAGGGACAAGGUGGUUCAAGUCCUCGUUCUCAACACAAAUUCGCAGCUGCAGGCCGUGUUUUCGGUGCGACUCGACAACACAGUGCCAAAGUCUGUGGUGUUUGGAGACAACAGAUGUGUCUAUGUGUUCGGAUUGUAUAAUGGGAACUUCAUCAAGCUAAAAGGUGAUGACGGCGCAGUGAUGAAGGAAUACAGCUGCCAAUCAGUCAUUGGACACGCAACAGUCAACCAAAGGAGGGGUGUGUUCGUAGUGGACAAUGCCACCAAUGGUUUCACUUUGUAUCAAUUAGAAGGUGAUGAGGAACCGGUUCGAACAUUUAUAACCCCUGCACCAAGUGUGUCUGUCCCCAAGCAGGUGGCAUUUGGGGCAGAAGGAAGGUUGAUCAUUGGGGGGAGUGACCAUGGAUUAGUGUAUGUAUUCGAGAGGAAAUCAGGGAAGUUACUCGAGAGCCUGCGACACUCCAGUACAGGCUUGGUGCAGACAAUAGCGGUAAGUGUCAGAAUUUUUCAAAGGUAG